UUUUUAAAUGUUACUCAAUAGGCGAAAGCUAAAGCUUAGUCAAGUCAAGCCAACAAAGAUGAUUAGCUCAAAGGGCAAAUCUACAGAUAUGGACUUUGUCAUGUUUAAAAGAGGUGUCACUGAGAGAUUUAGAGUUCCUAGUAAAAAGCCAUAUGAUAGUGAUGAUUCUGACUCCCCUGCAAAACCUCCCAAAGUCUUCACUCCAGAGAUGAUUCAAAAGAUUAACAGAGAGAUCAUUGAAAGGCAGAAGAGAGAGGAGCUAAAGGUUGCUAAGAAGACGUCUAGCUUUCUUUCAACAGCUAGAUCAGGUACAGCACCGACUCUUAAUUAUAUCAAUAAAGGGAUGAAAGAGUCUCCUUCAGUUGGAAGAUACUCACCAAGAGAUAUCACUAUGAAGACAAUGCCAAAUUAUUCUUUCGCAAAGAAGAAAAGAGACACCCAUCUCUUCUUAUUUACAAGUAGAGCAGGAUCGAAUAAUCUAUUUGACAAGAAUCUCAAUUACCAAAACUUUGAAAAACUGUUGAACAACAAACAUAGAGGCACAUUAAAAUAACACUAAUUUCCUGAAAACCAAACCUCAAGUAAUAGCCAAAAAGAAGAGAGUAAUGACUGCUCGCAGUCGUAAGAGACACACCCUUAGAAAAUAAGAACGACACCAAGAGGCCAAAGUCCGGUCUGAAGAAAUCACGUCCAAAAACCCCAUUCUUGCUCUCUAUGUCAAAAUCCAAGACCAACAACCCCACCCACAAAAAGCCUAAAACUGCCAUAAACCCCAUCUUCCUAACAAUGUCAAGCAUGAAUAAAUCCCCUAGCUCCAAAAUGAUCAAGCUGAGCUCCAUUAAUUUCGACUUAUAGCCCGAAGAGAAGUAAUCCCCACUCACAAGUUGCUAACUUUAGCAUAUUUUAUGAAAUUUUAGA